AAUCUCUUUCUCUCUCUCUCUCUCUCUCUCGCACAUUUUGCACGCCAUGGCUUCCUCCCCCUCCUCUCCGCUAUAAUUACCGCGAGACGCUACUCUCCCGCGUCUUCUUCUUCUUCGCCUUCUUCGCGUGCAGCGUAUAUACCGUGGGAUAAUCAUAAUAUUAUUACAAAGCUGCACACAGUGCAGAGAGUCGCGUCUAGAAUCCAACGGAUCUCUCUCUCUCUCUCUCUCUUUCUCGAGCCGGCGCGCUCGUAAUUAUCCUUGUAGCGGCGAAAAGUCGUAAAAAUCCAGCGAGGGGGGCAAGGAAAACACGACGGAGAGUAUAGAGCCAGACGGUCUACACGAUGACUAUACACGAGACGGCGGAGGGAGAGAAUGAAAAGGGGCAGGGGGCUGCCGCCUGAGAAAAGAAAGAGGAGAGAGAGAGAGUGAAAAAAGCGUAGAGUAUAGUGGACGGGGGAGUAGGAGGAGGAAAUAACUGCGAGUCUGGAGAUGCUGUGCGUUGUGCUCUCGCGCGAGAUGUACGCGCACAACGCAUCCUUAGCGACGAUAUAUAGAGAGUCGGUCCGUUUUUUUAAUGAGAAUUUAACGAGAAGAAAAGUCGACGCGACGACUUUUCGCGACAAAUUGCGACAGCUGCGGCGUUAUCACCACCAGCUCUCGCUUCGCUCAGUAUAUGCAUAAAUCGAUAAUGCAAAGCGGGCUUUAAACGACUAUCAGCGCUAGCUCGCUCUUCUUCUUCUUUCCAUUCAAGCGCGAAGAGAGAGAGAGAGAGAGAGAGAGAGAGAGCUGAACGAGAGAAAGAGUCGUUAGCGCAAAGCGACUAGAGAGAGAGAGAGAGAGAGAGAGGAAAGCUGCUUAGGCUCCUUUUUUUUGUUUUCCUCGCGCAACGAGUGCAGGGAAAAUAAUGGAACGCGCGGGCUCACUCGACUUCUUUUGUCGGUUCGAGAGCUCCGAGUCUCCACUCUGUGUGUGUGUGUGUGUGUACCUAUAGGCUGCUGCCGCGGAGCUCGCGGAAAAAAACGAGCAGGUUGCCGAUCGUCGAGCUCGCAGGAGAGGCUCCAGCAGAUGCAGCCCGGCGAGCUGUACUUCACCGUCAGUCCGAGCGAUCACCAGGUGGUGGAGGGCCAGUCGGUGACUUUGAGGUGCGAGGCUGAACCCGGUGCGCCGGUGAGGUAUUCCUGGAAGAUCGACGGACAGCCCCUGGCGCCCAGUCCCAGGAGACAUCCGAAGAGUGGGAACCUCCUCAUCAGCAGGGUUAAUAGGAUGCUGGACAGUGGCAGCUUCGUCUGCGUCGCUACUAAUGAGAAGAGCGGCGACAGUAUUGAAAGCUCGCCGGCCAAGAUCGACAUUCAGUGGAUCAGCGAGGCGAGUGUCCAGCUACAGCAGCCGAAAUUGGCGCCCAAUAUCCGCGCCGGGGGCAAGGUCGAGCUGCGCUGCCACGUCGACGGCUCCGGCGAGCUCAAGUACGAGUGGUUCAGAAACACCAAGUCGGUGGCGCCCAACGAUCGCGUGGAGAUGAAGCGCAACCUACUGCUAAUCCAGGAGGCAAGUCCCGAGGACAACGGCGUGUACCGGUGUCUGGCCCGUAACCAGGCCGGUGCAUCACCUUUAGCCCACAGCUAUCCGCUCAUAGUGCCGAGCAACGAGACAGCCACGAUCAAGCUCGUGCCGCAGAAGGCGAUAGUCCGGCGCUACGAGCCCGCGAGCUUCAGCUGCGUCUUCGACAACGCCGACAACGUUCAGUGGUUCUUCGAGGACAAGGGCCCCAUCGAGUCGGACGACGAGCGGAGUAUUUUGGAUAACGGGACGCUCGUCGUUCUCAAGGCGGAGGAUAGACACAAGGGAUACUACGCCUGCCACGGACUCAGAGCCGACACCGUGCAGGUCUACGCUGCCGAGCUUCAGAUAGCCUACCUGUACAACCUCACCUCCGAGUCGUUCGAGCCGCCGCUGGAGGAUCGGCUGGCGGUCGUCGGCGAGAAUCAGGAGCUGCAGGUGAGCUGUCUCGCUCCGGGGGGUCUGCCCACGCCCAAGCUCUUCUGGCGCGAGCCGCAGGGUCGAAUCGUCAGCGACACCGGUCCGGUUCGCGUGCAGGACGACACGCUCAUUGUGGCCAAGGCCAGACGCAACGCCGAUGAGGGAAAUUACACCUGUCACGCCGAGAACAUGGCUGGUGCUACGCAGGCCACCGUCAGGAUCGUCGUCUCUUGGCCAGCCGAGCUGAAAUCCUCGCCAAAGCCGGUGUCGGUGAUGGAGGACGAACCGGCCACCCUGACCUGCAGUUUCCGAGCGAUGGAGCCACCGAUAACCCAAGUCCGUUGGCUGAGGGACGGAGAAGCUCUGCUGUCGAAAGACGGGGUACGUUACCGGAUAGUCGAAGAGCCAGCCGGAAACCUGAGCCUCAUCUUCAAGAACGUCCAGCUGAUAGACAGGGGCAACUACGUCUGCGAGAUAGUCACCAAGGGAUUCUCACCGGUCAGGUCCGCGCCCGCCGCGCUCUCCGUCGAGGAGAAGCUCAAGUUCUCGCCGGAGCCCGUCAACCGAAAGCUCGAGCUCAAUUCUUCGCCCAAGAUCUCGUGCAAGGCUCAGGGCUCGACUCCGGUGACUUUCAAAUGGUACAAGAACGGAGCCGAUAGCUUUCCCAAGCACGUGCGCGACGAGCUGAAUGGCACGCUGCACUUCAACGGCGUUCUCGAGGAGGAUAAGGGCAAUUACACGUGCGUUGCCUCCAACAGCCAGGGCCAAAUCAAGCAUACCAUCAAGAUCGACGUAGUCAUUUCACCCAAGUUCACCAUCAAGCCGGAAAACGUGACGGCUAUCGAGGGCUCGUCGGUGCUGUUGCACUGCGCGGCGGAGGGUGAUCCCAAACCAGCCAUUCAGUGGGACAAGGAUUCACGAAUGAACAACCUGAAUGGGGAUCGAUUCGAGGUAAUGGCUAAUGGCAGUCUACACAUCAAGGAGGUCUACCUGAGUGACGAGGGUAAAUACGGCUGCACCGCGGGAAACAGCGCUGGACUCAAACGGGAGGAGGGUCACCUGAGCGUCAGAGCUGGAGACGGCUACCGCUCGGAUAUGGAGUUGGAUGCAGCCGAGGAUGGCAGCAUGAUGACCAAGACGGUGAUAAUCACCCUGGGGGCGGCGGCCGCCUACAUGGUUCUCGUCGUUGGUCUGAUGCUGUACUGUCGCUACCGCAGACGGAGGAGGAAGCAGAGGUACAUUCAGGAGCAAACCGACGGCCAGGAGAAGGGUGAAGCCACCGAAGUCCAGGAGGAGCAGUGCAACCUCACGGAGACCACCGCCAGCGCCAAAGCCAACAGCUCGAGCGGCAAGAAGAAGGAGAAUCGCGAGUCCCACAAGAGCGACGGCACCGACACGGCUCACAGCCAGAACAGCAACCACUCGAAGAAGUCCAAGUCCAGCUACGACAAGCUCGCCGUCAGUCGCGCUCACCUGCAGGAGCUGAAGCCUCUGGGUCGCGGCGAGUUCGGAGAGGUGUUCUCUACCAAGUAUCGACCUCACGCCGGUACCGCCGACGAGACGACCACGACGGUCAAGGAGACCGUGGUCAUGGUCAAGACUCUGACCAACACCAAGGACGAGAACGUGCUGCAGGAGUUCAAGCGUCAUCUGGACCUGCUGCACAAGCUGAACCACGAGCACGUGGCUAGACUGAUCGGUCUAUGCCGCGACGAGGAGCCCGAUUACAUGAUCAUCGAGUACACGGACUGGGGUGACCUGAAGACCUUCCUCCUCGCGUCCAAGUCCAAGGAGAUGGCUGCCAGCACCGACGGUGGUAAGCCUCGGGCUCCGCAGCUGACCGUCGCUCAGAUUCUCUCGUUGGCGAACCAGGCCGCGCGAGGACUGAAGCACAUCUCCGACCACCGACUGGUCCACAAGGACGUGGCGGCUCGCAACUGUCUGAUCUCCAGCGCGCUGCACGUCAAGAUCUCGCUGUCCUGCAUGACGAAGGAGCCUCACCAGCAGGAGUACACGAAGCACAAAAACCAAAUAAUCCCACUGCGAUGGUUGCCCAAGGAGGCGGUGUUCGAGGACGAGUACUCGACGAAGAGUGACGUCUACUCGUACUCCUGCCUCGUCUGGGAGAUGUUCCACCAGGGCGAGCUGCCCUUCAAGAAGCUCAACGACGAGUCGGUGCUGAACCAGCUCAAGAGCCAGACCCUCAGCUGGUCGGCUCACAAAGCCGCGCCGCCUGCUCUGCAGGAGCUUCAGACUCAGUGCUGGUCCUACGACCCCAGAGAGAGGCCCACCUUCGACGAGAUCGUCGACAAGCUUCAGGAGAUUGUCGUCGAUUGCUCCCAGGUCUGAGCGUCUUCGUAGAGUUCUCCGUUGUCUCGACGAUGACGACGAUUUUGUCCCGUGAAACGAGGACGGCUAGGUAAACCUUCCCCGCACCUACUGUUUCCGAUCCCUCUUCGUUGUGUUACUCGUGCGACUUUGAGAGGCUGCCAGGCGAGAUGAUAUUUUUAAAGCGUGUAUCUAUAUAGUUUAUCGAAUUGAUUUUUCGCGGGGAAAAGAAAAUGAAAAUAAUCAAAUCAUUCUUAGGAGCGAGUAGCGCCCCGUUGUAUGCUUAGACACUCGUCUCAUCCCGUAUUUAGCGCCGGUUGAGGGCGUAUACCGUGAAAAAUCCUAAGGUCGGAAUUUUCACAGUGUGCCAACAGCCGAUCCUAAGAUUCUCAUUGCUAUAGGUAUAUAAUUAUACCGAGAGAAAUGCCGUGUAAAGCAUUGACACUAUCUACUUCCAAAGUCGCCUGAUUCCCCCACUUAACCCUCGGUCAUCGAUUCUAUAUCAUCCGCUCAGGUAUCAAUUUUGAUAAAUAUCUAUACAUACACAUAUGCGAAGAGGCUGUGACAGUGUGUAUGUGUGUGCGCGUGCAACGCGGCGUCUCAUUUCGAUUAUACAAGUGUACGGCAGUGUAGGGAGAGAAGUGCAAGGUCGAGAGCGAGCGUUGCCGUCGCAGUAUUUCAUCGCGUCCAUUAGCAAAAUAAGCUUCACACCAGCGCAAUCAGAGCCGACGGUACAUUGUAGUGGCUGUAUGUACGUGUGUUUAUAUGUCUGUGCGAUUGAGGGAAAAAUUAAAAAAAAAGAGAGUAAGUAAACCUAUGCUUCCACAGCGCGAAGAAAAAUACCGGAUCUUUCGAGAGACGACGUCUGCCAAAAUGUUUUUUAACCGUUCAAAAGAGAAGAGUAUAACCGACGACUGAUAUUUUUAACGAUAUUUACACACACGCGCACACGACAUAUAUACAUAGAUGUCCGCGCGCACUGCCGUUCAACGAACUCGUUCUAAUACAUUAUAUGUACUCUACAACGCAUAUGUAGAUACUAUUUAUAUACACAACAAACACACACCUUGUCUGCAUAAUCAACGAUCAUCGCUAAAGAUAAUUUUUAUAUCGUAUUAAGGAGCCAAAUGUGAGUGGCGGCUGAUUUUUUUAACGACGACGAGAAUUACACGAGCAACGAGAUUCGAUAUACAGUAAGAUGAUAAUUUUGCAUUUUAUAAUAUAUAUAUAACAGCAACAACGGCGCCAAGACACGCGUAUAUUUUAUACUCAUAUAUAUGCAUAUAACAGUGUGUAUGUACGACGACGAAUAAUAACGUUUAAUUAAGAAAGGAAAAAAGAAUUAGCUCGUAAGGAUUACCCCAAUCAUCAAACGCUAUGUUGUAGCCGUAUAUGUAUAAUGAUGCGAGCGCUAUGUAAAAGGUAGUAUGUAAAAGGCCUUAUAUGAAAUUACCGCGCUAUAUGAUUGUUUCGCCUUAUAACGAUUAUAUACACUUCUCUUUGUCACGGAGUGAAACGAAAUUGGCAAGGCCGCAACGAGAAACAAAAAUUCAACGCAUUUUUAUUCACUUCUAGUCACCAGCAAAUCAACUUCCAAUAGACGAGAGUCCGUUUUUUUAAAAACGAUCUGACACACAAUAAUCGACUGAUGCAUUUUUAUACGUACAAUACAAUAAUGCUAUUUUGUAAAUACUCGUAAGACUUAUUCUUCUUAUAAUUUUGUACUACAUGCAUUAUAUACUACGGCAAUAUUGUAACGCGAUUUUUCGAUCCACUAAUAUAACAGAGACUCGAAGAUCAUGAUAAUCAGUACUGCGUAUGCCAGUGGCCGCUUCCACGUGCAGAGAGCGCAUAUAAACUAUGCAACUAUGCCAUCGCACUCGAAAAAUCGUCUCUUACAUCGAGACGAAUCAAUCGCACAUGAUACGCGUAUUAAUUCCUCCCGAAGCAAGAAACGAUUCGUCGAGCGCAGGAGAAAGUGGAAUUACACUUGUUAAAAAAAAUGAAUAAUAAUAAAAAGAAAAAUUGUAAUGACGAA